GGGGAGCCCCUGCAGCUUUGCAGAGCCUUGUGCUCGUGUGAUUGUUUAGUCUGCUCCAGAUUUGAGCCCUCCAGCUACUUGUUCACCCUCACCCAUUUGCAAAUUUGUCGGGAAUUUGUUUCAAGCCUAACCGUAUGGUUUGGCCUGCUUUUCCCACGGGGCGGCCGAAAAGAAGUUGGGAUAGUCACCGCCCUUCACCCCAGGGGAAAACAAGAAAUUAAGCAUUGACCGGACCUGCCUUUCUCCCUCCACUCCUGCCCCGCCCCUCCGGCUUGGGGGCUAGGGAGCGGUGGUACUGCCGCCCCAGGAGAGCGAGAACCCGGCAGUGCGUGGCGUGUGCACCGCGAUCUGGGCUUGCGGUGGGAGUGACGGGUGCUCUGGCCUUGUCAGCAGCUGCCCUGCUGCGCCCUUCGAGAACUGUUUCACUGCCCGCUUCCCCAGCUUUCCCAGGGGCUGAGGCUGCGUCCUUGUCUUUUUAAUCCUGCAGAUGGUGACUGAGUGUCUACUCCGGGCGCUGGGUGCAGGACGCUGUUCUGUCCUCCCCUCGUGGGCAGGCAUUUACUGAAUGCCUAAGUCACUCCUGUUUCCUCUCUUUUCUUUCUUAAUCCGGUUCUCCAGCUAAGUGUGUCUUUUUUUCUUUCGCCCAAGUACCUCCCACCCGUCUGGGAAGCCCGGCUCCGGCGGCGGGGAUUCCAGGCCCCUCUGGAACCUGGAACCUUGGGGUCCGGGCCUGGCGGGCGAGGCACUGGCCAGCUUGCAUUUGCUGUUCUAGCUGUUUGAAGCGGAGCCGCCACGGGGACCGGCUCGCUGGGGUGGCUUAAAGACACCGCAUAUGCUGGAAGGUCACUUUUGCUUUCUCCUUUGUGAGAAAGAGAUUGUGAUUUGAUGCGCUGUCAGCGAGUCGAGGGCAUCAUCCUGAGACAGUGUGCUUUCUCGCAGCCGUUAUGGAAUAAUUUAUGUAGUCGAUUCAUGCAUAUAAUUUCGUGAUUGUGUAAAUUUCGGUCAUUAGAUAUUAGGCAUUCUUAUGCUCCCUUCUGCCAUCUACACGCUGCUCACCUCUCCUGGUGUUAAUGUCUUUGAGUCUUUUUUGGGGAAGAGAUAGAAGACAGACUUUUAAAACUAAGAACACCUAGAUGUGUAUUGAGCUUGUGUGUAAAAUGGAAUGACUAGCAGUUUAUUUUGCACCUCUUUAAUCUGUAAUUUUUAUACUCCUGUGCUUUCAUUUAGCCUCUGUUUCAGAUUAUUUGGCUAGAUGUUUCAUUAAGUAUCUUCGGUAAACAAAACUCGGUGGCUAAUAAUGAAGUCGUGGUCUUCAGGGGAGAGGGGAGCCAGAGGUGAAAGUUACACAAGAACUGAAAAACAUUCAAGUUGAGCAGAUGACAAAACUUCAAGCCAAACAUCAGGCAGAAUGUGAUUUGCUUGAAGAUAUGAGGACGUUCAGUCAGAAGAAGGCUGCUAUUGAAAGAGAGUAUGCGCAGGGUAUCCAGAAGUUGGCUAGUCAGUAUCUGAAGAGAGAUUGGCCUGGAAUAAAAACAGAUGAUCGGAAUGAUUACAGGAGCAUGUAUCCUGUUUGGAAAUCUUUUCUCGAGGGAACAAUGCAGGUAGCCCAGUCUCGGAUCAAUAUAUGUGAAAACUAUAAAAACUUCAUUUCUGAGCCUGCAAGGACAGUAAGAAGCUUAAAAGAACAGCAACUAAAAAGGUGUGUGGACCAGUUGACAAAGAUCCAAACCGAAUUACAAGAGACAGUGAAAGAUUUAGCUAAAGGCAAAAAGAAGUACUUUGAGACUGAACAGAUGGCUCAUGCAGUACGAGAGAAAGCUGACAUCGAGGCAAAAUCUAAACUUAGUCUUUUUCAAUCAAGAAUCAGUUUACAGAAGGCAAGUGUAAAGUUAAAAGCUCGGCGAUCUGAGUGUAAUUCCAAAGCUACCCAUGCAAGGAAUGAUUACCUUCUUACGUUAGCAGCAGCAAAUGCACAUCAGGAUCGCUACUAUCAAACAGAUUUAGUUAACAUUAUGAAGGCUCUUGAUGGAAAUGUGUAUGAUCACCUCAAGGAUUAUUUAAUAGCCUUCAGCCGGACUGAGCUAGAGACAUGCCAAGCUGUGCAGAACACAUUCCAGUUUUUAUUAGAAACCUCCAGCAAGGUGGUACGAGACUAUAAUCUUCAGCUGUUUUUACAAGAGAAUGCUGUGUUUCACAAACCCCAGCCCUUCCAGUUCCAGCCUUGUGACAGUGAUACUAGUUUAAAAGCUGCCCAACUGGUGGAUAUUGAGCUCUCCCCUGUCAGUGCUCUGAGAAUGACCAUAGCUGAGAGCCGACAGUUAGAAUCAGAAACGGGGACCACAGAGGAGCACAGUCUAAACAAGGAGGCUCGGAAAUGGGCCACACGUGUGGCACGUGAGCACAAAACCAUCGUUCACCAACAACGGGUUCUAGAUGAUCUGGAAUGUCAUGGAGUUGCAGCAUCAGAACAAAGCCGAGCAGAAGUGGAACAGAAAAUAGAUGAAGCUAGAGAAAAUAUUCGUAAAGCAGAGAUAAUUAAGUUGAAAGCUGAAGCCCGGCUGGACCUGCUAAAGCAGAUUGGUGUUUCUGUGGACACGUGGCUAAAGAGUGCAAUGAACCAAGUAAUGGAAGAACUGGAAAAUGAGCGGUGGGCCCGCCUUCCUGCAGUGACCAAUAAUGGCACUUUACACUCGCUGAAUGCAGACACCGAAAGAGAAGAAGGAGAAGAGUUUGAAGACAACAUGGAUGUUUUUGAUGACAGCAGUUCCAGCCCUUCUGGCACCUUAAGAAAUUAUCCACUCACCUGCAAAGUUGUUUAUUCCUACAAGGCUUCUCAACCAGAUGAGUUGACCAUUGAGGAGCAUGAGGUGUUAGAAGUGAUUGAAGAUGGAGAUAUGGAAGACUGGGUAAAGGCUCGAAAUAAAGUUGGCCAAGUGGGUUACGUGCCAGAAAAGUACCUCCAGUUUCCCACCUCGAACAGUCUGCUGAGCAUGCUGCAGUCCUUGGCUGCCUUGGACAGUCGGUCACACACAUCCAGCAAUUCCACGGAGGCCGAACUCGUUUCAGGCAGCCUCAACGGAGAUGCCAGUGUCUGUUUCGUGAAAGCACUUUAUGACUACGAGGGCCAGACAGAUGAUGAAUUAUCUUUUCCUGAGGGAGCAAUCAUCCGAAUCUUGAACAAAGAAAACCAGGAUGAUGAUGGCUUCUGGGAAGGGGAGUUCAAUGGACUGAUUGGAGUGUUCCCAUCGGUGCUCGUGGAAGAACUUUCAGCCUCAGAAAAUGGUGACACUCCAUGGAUGAAAGAGAUUCAGAUCUCUCCUUCCUCCAAGCCGCCGGGCUCCCUGCCGCCACUGCCGCUGUACGACCAGCCUCCCGGCAGCCCGUACCCCAGCCCAGAUAAGAGGAGCUCCCAGUACUUCCCGCGCUCUCCUUCCGCCAACGAAAACAGCUUCCAUGCUGAAUCGCCAGGAUUCUCACAGGCACCAAGGCAUACUCCGGAGACCUCAUAUGGCAAACUGCGACCUGUCCGGGCAGCUCCCCCUCCGCCUACGCAGAACCACCGAAGGCCGGCGGAGAAGAUCGAGGAUGUGGAAAUCACGCUGGUGUGAUGGUGGGUUUGCCCGCCCAUGACUGCUACAAUCAAGGCCAGGCUGGGAGUUUGGCCACUCUUGUUUUUUAGGCACCUUUGCAUGAUGAUGACUCUUGAACAGAGCAAAAACAAGGAGGAUUAUAUGUGACUGGGUGGCCUGGUAGACUCCUCCCACAGUUUGAAUAUUUUGUGCCUUUUUUUGUUGUCAUUUUCUAUGUCAUCUCUCCUAUCAUAGCACAAAUCCUAGUGGGCCCUAGAAGCAGAGAGGGGACAGCCCUCGUGCCUGACAGUGGCCCGUUUUUAUAUAAGACUCAAGACCAGGCCUCGUUCACGGCACAGUCACAGAGACACUGAUCACGUGCACUCGCACAGUGUAUUACUGUGGCCACAAGGAUGUGGCAAAGAUUCUCAUCUUUCUUCAAGUGGCUUUUGCUUGUCUGAUUGAGCCUAAUCAGAUGGUGUCGGCUACCUGAGGACGCAGAAGGAGGGACUUCAGGAGAGGCUGGCUCCUCCCCACAGUCAGUCCCCAGACUGAGAAAGUGAAACUUGAUUGGAAAAAAGUGGACUGCCCUGAGUUUAGCGCCAAUUGCAUUAAUGCACAUCUCUUCCACAACUAACAGGUUUAAAACAAUAACAGUGUCCUUUGUAUUAAUAUUUAUGCCAUUCAUUUAGUAUUAGUGGAGCUAAUAUGGAGGGGCUGGCCUAGUAGCCAAAUCUUGUCCAUCACAUAAACUAGUAGAAAGGAGGCUGCAGCUAAAGCAGAAUGGAGCUUCCAGGCCUGAAAUGAGCCGACUUAAUAUUCUUUUUGUAUUUGGGUAUUUUUCAUCUUAAUUUUUGCAGCAUAUACUCUUCUGACCAGUAUCCUUAGAAUCUGAAUGUCUAGAUAAAUUGGGGACACCUACUUGCCUUGUUGAGCUUCUCUACUGGGGAGGCCCUAGCAUUAUUUUAUUCCCUAGCCAGUGCAUUGGCCCAGACAGGCAAGUGGUGGCCAGUCCACACCAGUGGCUGCCCACUGCAGGAAAUGCAGCUUCCCAGGUCCCACUGACCUGACAUUCCCCCGGAAGGAAGAACUUAUGGCUCAUGGAGGAAACCAGCUUCCUGUGAAAAAGGACUAUGGAUUGUACAUGCUGCACACGUGCAAAUUGACAAGAAGACCAGUUCUCUGCAUCACAGGGAGAGCUGGAAGGAGCUUUCCCUGCAGGCCAGCAAGCCCACAGGGCAGGUGUCCCAGCGUAGGCCUCUGUCACUUCUCCACCGCCUCUGGGAGAAGGGAGCGCAUUACCUAGGGAUGAAGGGAUGUUUGCCAGUUGUUUAGUUUUUUUUAAGAAAUCAAAUUUUCAGAAUUUAAUCCAAAAGUUGUAUUAUGCUUUGCAAACUCCAUCCCACCUAAGAAUCUUUUAAAACUUGAAAUGCUCGCCAAAUGUCCCCAUGGGAUUUUUGACCAAAAGUAAGGUCAUAGCUGAAGAAAUUUUUAGUUUGUCAUUUGAUCACUUCAGUGACAGUACCCACUGAUGAAUCUUCUCCGUGAUUUGGGGCUUUUUGUUUUUGUUUUUUGCGUUUCUUAACCUGUUGAUCUUUUUGAGGUCUUUUUGUGUUUAUCAAACUUAUUCUUAAGUUUAAUAAAGAAAUUAAAAAGGUGGUUUUUUUAAGAUUUUAAAGUUUGCCGACGUGUUAAAAAUCUUCAAAGCACUUUAAAAAUCUUCAAAGUGCUUAAAUCAGGCAGUUCUUACCACCCAGUCUUGUAUUCUCUCUUUAGCUAGCCAAAUUGUCCUUGAAUCUGGGUUUUCCACAUUCUCAGAGGGUUAUUUGAAAUCUUUUGUUAUAUUUUAAAAUAUUUUCUGGAAGAGCUGCUAAUUUUAUUUUAAAAAAACAAGUUGUAAAAAUAUGCCUCCUUUUUAAAAAGAACCCCUCCCUCCAGGACAUGAACCCAGCGUCCGAGUGCACAGGGCGGCUCAGAGGGAGCGCCUGGUGCAAACGUGCUUUCUUUACAGUGGCUGUACAAAGUUUGUAUUUAUUAUGUAUAAAAUGUUGAAUAAUAAAACAAUGGAAUUAAGUUUC